AUGAUCAAAACAGUGUUCUACACCUUCCUCAAAACAAAAGAGCAAGAGGAAAACGAGAAUUUAGCAGAUUUUAAUAAUCCACUGAAUCCUCAAGAAAUCGAGAUCCGACCCAUAACUCCUUCCCCUUGGGAGAUCCUCAAAACCCUGACAAUCGAUGAACUAUGGACCGGAGGCAAGUUCCAGCUUCCACUGGACCAUAUGUGGGAUACGAUGCUGAGACACGAACCACGAUAUGUCAAACCUCUCACACGUGUGCUGGUUGGUUCUUUCCAAAUACAUGUGAAGGAUCUCGACACAAACACACUCCACAGUGUUACAUUGUGGAAGUACCCGCAUGAAGAUACAUUCGCAAUGCGCGAGUCUUGGAUCGAAGACUUUGUGAGGAGGAGGAGGCUUGUCGUUGGCAUGGUCGUUGGUAUGUAUUGGGAUUUCAACGCUAACAUGCUUUGUUUCUCGUUGUUGGAAGGAAGUUAUCAGUGA